GAAAAGCAGGAACCGCUCGAUUCUGCCUUGCUCCGACCAGCAACAGGGAUUUCAUACAUUUAUUUCUCUCGGAUACCGGCUCAGCUGCUCGGAAAGCCUAACCUAGAGUCGUCUGCAGACUACUGUUCAGCAAAGCCGAGAAUGAAGGUCAGAUCGGCAGCCCAAGGCUGGGCGGCCGCCGGGCGGGUCGCGUUGCUGGGCUUGGUCCUGCUGCUGUGCUGCCGGGCGGCGCGGCGGCUCCGCUACGCCAUCCCCGAGGAGCUGCCCACAGGCUCGCUCGUGGGGCCUCUGGCACGGGACCUGGGGCUCGGCCCGGACGAGCUGCCGGCACGCAAGCUGCGGAUCGUCGCUGGUGAUGAAAAGCAGUACUUCACUCUCGGGGAAGAUAAUACAAAUCUGCGGGUAAACCAAAGGAUGGACCGAGAGGGUAUCUGCGGGGCCGUGUCUCCCUGUGUCCUCCGCUUGGAGGCAUUCAUGGAAAACCCUUUCGACAUGUUUCAUGUGAGCGUUACUAUCCAGGAUAUCAAUGACAACGCGCCGCAGUUUAACAAAGAAUUUGUUACCAUAGAAAUGAUCGAGUCGACGCCUCCUGGGACCAGGUUCCCACUGGGCAGCGGCAGAGACCCCGACAUUGGGGCAAACUCAUUACAAAAGUACGAACUUACCCCCAAUCCACUCUUCUCACUCUUUGUGAGGGAGAGUCCUGAUGGGACGAAACACGCUGAACUAGUACUGGAGAAAAACUUAGAUCGAGAAAAACAGAGAAAUCACCAUUUGGUACUGACGGCACUGGAUGGAGGGGAUCCAGUCCGGUCCGGGACAGCCCAGAUUAAUAUUAACGUGACCGACGCAAAUGACAACCCACCGGUAUUCACCAAGGAGACCUACAAGGUUCAACUGAUGGAAAACCUGCCAGAGGGUUCCUUAGCGUUUCAGGUGAAAGCUACUGACAGUGAUGAAGGUACAAAUGCAGAAACUACCUACUCUUUCAGUGACAUCGCAGACAGUGCUCGCCAGCUCUUUUCUCUAGACCCCAGGACAGGGGAUGUGAAGGUUACAGGCCCCUUGGAUUAUGAAGAAGGGAAAUAUUACGAAGCAACUGUUGAAGGCAAGGAUGGUGGUGGGCUCACUGCGCAUGCCAAAGUACAUAUAGACAUUACAGACGUAAAUGACAACGCGCCAACCCUUUCCCUUCUGCCUAUCUUAAAUCCGAUACCCGAAGACUCAGUCCCGAGCACAGUCGUAGCUGUGAUCAACGUCCGUGACAGAGAUUCGGGAGAAAACGGAGAAGUGAGCUGUAACAUGGACGGAAAUCUGCCUUUCAGAUUAGAAACGUCAUCGGAGAACACCUAUAAACUAAUAAUAGCCAGUGUCCUGGACAGAGAAACAGUAUCUGCUUACAAUAUCACCAUCACUGCAAGGGACCGGGGCAGGCCGGCGCUAUCGAGCACGGCGGAGCUGGUGCUGGAGGUGUCGGACGUGAACGACAACGCGCCGGUGUUCGAGGAGGCGGCGUACAGCGCCUACGUGCGGGAGAACAACGUGGCGGGCGCGCUGGUGCUGCGCGUGAGCGCGCGGGACGCGGACGCGGGCGCCAACGGGCGCGUGAGCUACUGGCUGGCGGGCGGCAGCGCGGGCGCGGCGGGCGCGGCGCCGCUCGUGUCGGUGGAGGCGCGGAGCGGCGCGGUGUACGCGCAGCGCUCCUUGGACUACGAGCAGUGCCGCGAGUUCGCGGUGGCCGUGCGGGCGCAGGACGGCGGGGCGCCGGCGCGCAGCUCCACGGCCACGGUGCGCGUCUUCGUGCUCGACCAAAACGACAACGCGCCGCGGGUGCUCUACCCGCCGCCGGCGGCGGGAGGGGCUUCUUCGGUGGCGGCGGCUUUCGAGGUGGUGCCGCGGUCGGCCGAGGCCGGCUACCUGGUGGGCAAGGUGGUGGCGGUGGACGCGGACGCGGGGCGCAACGCGUGGCUGUCGUACGAGCUGGUGCAGGCGUCGGAGCCGGCGCUGUUCCGCGUGGGGCUGCAGAGCGGCGAGGUGCGCACGGCGCGGGCCGUGUCGGAGCGGGACGCGGCCAAGCAGCGGCUGGUGGCCGUGGUGAAGGACCACGGGCAGCCGGCGCUGUCGGCCACGGCCACGCUGCACGUGGUGCUGGCCGACAGCUUGCAGGAGGCGCUGCCGGAGCUGAGCGAGCGGCCGGCGGGCGCCGACGCGCCGGCCGAGCUGCAGUUCUACCUGGUGCUGGCGCUGGCGCUGCUGUCGGCGCUCUUCGUGCUCAGCGUGGCGCUGGCCGUGCUGGCGCGGCUGCGCCGGGCCGGGCCGCCCGCCGUGCUGCGCUGCCUGGGCGCGCAGCGCUUCUCGCUGGCCGGCGCCGCCUUCCCGCCCGACUUCUGCGAGGGCACCUUGCCCUACUCCUACAACCUGUGCGUGGCCGCGCCGGCCCGCGCCGCCGCCGAGGCCGCUUGGCCGCCGCCACCGCUGCCCAUCCUGCCCGCCGAGGAGCUUCUGGCCGAGGAGCCCUGCGACAAGCCGAGCCCGAGCAGCAGCGCCGUCGCGGGAGAGCCGUCCACAGAUCCCGACGCACCGCAGCUGCGCUACUCGGUGCCCGAGGAGAUGCCCAAGGGCUCGUUCGUGGGCGACGUGGCCAAGGACCUGGGGCUGCAGAUGCCGGCGCUCAGCGAUCGCGGUGUCCGAGUUAUCUCUGAAGGUAGGACGCAGUAUUUCGCCCUGCACGGGAAGACGGGACAUUUAGUGACGGCCGAGAGGAUCGACAGAGAGCAGCUGUGCCGACUGGUGGAGAAAUGCGUGCUGCGCUGUGAGCUGAUAGUGGAGGGACAGAUGCAGGUUUACCGAAUCGAAGUGGAAAUCUCGGAUAUUAACGACAAUGUGCCCAGCUUCCGAGAGGCGGAAAAAGACCUGAGACUGAGCGAGAUAACACCUCCGGGGUCCCGGUUUCCCCUAUCCGAAGCUAACGAUCCGGACUUGGGACGGAAUUCCCUGCAGAGCUACGAGCUGAGCGGCGACGAGCACUUCUCGCUGGCCGUACAGACGGGCCCCGGCGGGGAUCAGCGUCCCGAGCUGGUGCUGGCGAAGGCGCUGGACCGCGAGGAGGUAGUGAUCCACGAGCUGGUGCUGAGGGCGAGCGACGGCGGCGAUCCGGCCCGGACGGGCACGGCGCGGAUCCGCGUGACGGUGCUGGACGCGAACGACAACGCGCCCGUGUUCAGCCAGGCGGAGUACACGGUGCGUGUGCCGGAGGACGUGCCCGUGGGCUCCGUCCUCGUCACUGUCACGGCCACCGACGCUGAUGAGGGUCUGAAUGGGCACGUCAAAUACAGGUUCCACAAAAUUUCAGAACGGGAUUUGGAACUUCUUUAUCUGGACUCUGAGACAGGAGAAAUAACAGUCAAGAACGACUUGGAUUUCGAAGAAAUCUCCUCCCAUGAAUUGGAGGUGCAGGCCCGAGAUGGUGGAGAGCUCUCUGACAGGGCGAAAGUUGUCAUCACCGUGACAGAUGUCAACGACAAUGUGCCCGAGAUUUCGGUGAGGUCGGCUCUGAACGAGAUCUCCGAGGACUCCCCUUCGGGGACGGUGGUGGCCCUCCUGCACGUGCAGGACCGAGACUCGGGGACCAACGGCGAGGUGCGCUGCUCGCUUGACGGGGAUGUCCCGUUCCACCUGGAGAAGUCCCUCGAGGACUACUACCGCGUGGUGACAGCGAGAGAGCUGGACCGCGAGCAGCAGUCGGAGUACAACGUGACGGUGCGGGCGGCCGACGGCGGGUGGCCGGCGCUGCAGAGCAGCACGGUGCUGGCGCUGCGGGUGCUGGACGUGAACGACAACGCGCCGGUGUUCGCGCAGGAGCGCUACAGCGCGCGGCUGCGGGAGAACAACGCGGCGGGCGCGCUGGUGCUGGUGGUGCGGGCGACGGACGCCGACUGGGGUGGGAACGCGCGCGUGCGGUACCGGCUGGCGGAGGGGCGGGUGCGGGGCGCGCCGCUGUCGUCGUACGUGUCGGUGCAGGCGGAGACGGGCGCGCUGUACGCGCUGCGCUCGUUCGACUACGAGCAGGUGCGCGAGGUGGGGCUGUGGGUGCGGGCGGAGGACGGCGGCUCGCCGGCGCUGAGCAGCAACGUGUCGGUGCGGCUGCUGAUCGUGGACGAGAACGACAACGCGCCGCAGGUGCUGUACCCGCCGGCGGCGGGGCCGGGCGCAGGCUUGGGGGCGGGGGCGGGCUCGGGCUGGGCGGGCGUGGAGCUGGCGCCGCGCUCGGGCUCGCCCGGCGCGCUGGUGGCCAAGGUGGUGGCGGUGGACGCGGACGCGGGGCAGAACGCGUGGCUGUCGUACGAGCUGGCCAAGGCCACGGAGCCGGGGCUGUUCCGCGUGGGGCUGCACAGCGGCGAGGUGCGCACGGCGCGCUCGCCGCUGGCCCGCGACGCGGCGCGCCACAGCCUGCUGGUGCUGGUCAAGGACCACGGCCGGCCGGCGCUGUCGGCCACGGCCACGCUCAGCCUGGUGCUGGCCGACAGCGUGGCCGAGCUGCUGGCCGAGCUGGGCAGCGCGGCGCACGCAGAGGCGGCGCCGGCCGAGCCGGCCGCCAGCCUGACGCGCUGGCUCGUGCUGGCCGUGGCCGCCGUCUCCUGCCUCUUCCUCGCCUUCCUGCUGCUGCUGCUGGCGCUGCACCUGAGGCGCUGGCGCCGCUCGCAGCAGCAGCAGCAGCAGCUGCUGGCCACGGCCGGCGCCGCCUUGCGCGGCGUGCCUGCCACGCACUUCGUGGGCAUCGACGGCGUCCGCGCCUUCCUGCGCUCCUACUCGCACGACGUGUCUCUCACGGCCGACUCGCGCAAGAGCCACCUGCGCUUCUCGGCCGCCAGCUGCUGCGACACCCUGCCGGCCCGCCCGCCGCCCGACGAGCCCGCGCCGCUGCUCGGCGACGAGGAACCUGCCGGUGCCUGCCCCACCGACCCCGCCGCUCCGUCGGUCGACAUUAAAUCUCAGCUAACAGCCUAA